AUGUCUCGCAUGUGGCUUUUAUUUGAGAUUAUUUACAUCUAUUUUGCUGUUGUUUUUACAACCCCCUGUUACAGGGGUUAUACAACAUGCUGCUACAAUGAAUAUUUUAACGAAAAAUCUAAAGAAUGUACAGUGUGUAUGAAUGGAAGCUUUGGAUGGAAUUGUGAAACACCUUGUAAGUCAGGACUCUAUGGUUAUCUCUGUUUAACGCCAUGUGAGUGUGAAGCUCACCUGUGUGAUAAACAAAGUGGCUGUAAAUCACCACAGAUUGAGACAAUACCGCUUAAAACUUUGUAUACGAUUUCAUCAGCCCUUUCAAUGAGCGUUUCCACAGAAUCAACAGACAAAGGAGAUAUGCAUGAAAGAUGUGAAAUCACGGUGAGACAAAAGCUUAUUCAGUCAAAUGAAAAACAAACAGAAAUUCUGAAGAUUAAUGCAUCUGUAUCCAGGUAAAGUACUCUAAGUAAAGAAGUAAGUAAGAAAGAAUAUAGUUAAAAGCAUUGCAAGCUAUCUCAUCAUUUUGUUUUUUAUACCACCGAGUUUAUAAAAUCAUCGUCCUUAUCAAAUAAUAUUAACAUUGCUAAAAAAUAGGUGCUGUUUGUAAAUUAAGAUAACAAUACAUUUUCUGAAAGCCAAUCCAUUUUGCGCUGUUAAGGCUGCAUAUUGAAAUAUCAUGCAAGAUAACCACUAAAUGACAUGUUUAAUCUAUACUGAUUUACUUCACUGUCCA